AGUCUGGGCCCUCAGGGAAGUCGUCAGCUGCUACCUCUGUUGCUGUUUUAUUGUCAUGGAAGCUCCAGCAAUGCUUUUGUUGAGUGAGAUAAGACGACAUUGAGAGUGAUGGCUGAGGAGGAACCUGGAGAUGACAUUGUCGCUGAGUACCUUGGCCAGAACCCUCACCUGGCGCCAUGGCUAGAGUCGCUCAGAGGGUACUGCGAGACCAACAAGCAGUGGAAUGCCAGGAGAGAGUUCAUUCUGCGCAAUAUGGAGGCUUUCCCCACUGUUGAGCCAGGGGUAUCAAGCCCCAGCCUUGACAAGCUACUCUCUCUCUCCAUGGCAUGGGCCAACCAUGUGUUCCUGGGUUGUCGCUAUCCCCAGCCAGUGAUGGACAAGAUCAAAGAGAUGGGAGAGGGAGUGAAGGUGCAGGAUGCCCCUGUGUGGAAGACGAGGGAUGAGAUCAUGGGCAAAGGGAAAAGAUCCCUGGAUGGGAAUUCAGACAGCGGUGCGAAGAGAUCCAAAAGCAGCUCAGACGAUAAAGCGGGAUCUACCAAAUGGGGCCCUUCAGCCGAUGCCCCAGCCACCCACCAGCCCUUCUUCAACCGCCUCUACAAGGCCGUGGCCUGGAAGCUGGUGUCGGAGGGCGGCUUCGGGGGACCCAACCUGGACCACUUUGAGGUGCUGCGCAGCUGCGUGGAGACGGCCAAGGCCAGCCUGAGCUGCGUGUUCGUGCCGCUGAAGGACAUCCCCGACCUGCCGACGGCGCGCGCCCAGCGCGAGGGCCAGGUGUGCGAGCUGCGCUGCCAGACGGUCUACCUGGGCACCGGCUACGGGCGCGACGAGGCAGCCGCCCGCGCCAUGGCCUCCAAGGAGGCCCUCAAGGCCUUCCAGGGCAGGAAGGUGAUCGUGAAGAUCGGCCGCAGGCGGUUCCAAGGCCGGGAUGUGGAGGACGUGGUCCUGGUGGAUGACCAGACACGGAGCUCCACGUUCCCUCCCGCCCUCAGCUACCCUUUCCAGCCAGAGCAGAGCUGCUCCUAGCAAAAGCGCGGGACUCCUGUUUUAAAAAAAAACCUCAAAAAAUGUGCGUAAUGCUUCAUGAGGUUCUUGUCUCAUUGAGACUCACUCAGUAAGCCUCGUAGUGAGUGUGUCAUCAUCACUGUCUAAUCCUCAGUCUAAUCUACCGUGUAAUUAACUCCAAAAUCUUUCUUUUGCCAUUUGCAUUGUUUUGGUUUAAAUCAUUAUUUUGUAAUUGCAUAUAUUCCUCCAAUUGAAAUUUAUUUAUGAUUUAGUGAUGACAUGAUUUUGUGAAUCGUGUUUUAACUUUUUGCACUUGUGACUGGCGGUCUGUGUCUGCUAUUAUAGGUCAGGGAAUUCAGACUUUUCUGUUCAGACGUCUUAGCACUGCAUGUAGAGAAGCUCGACACAGGAAGCCCUUUAUAUGUUUUUUUCACACAGGAAGCCCUUUAUAUGGUGUUUUCACCUUACUUACUCAUGCCAGUGCCCAUAUCAGAUCGGUGUUUUAUGAAAGCUGAUCCAUGCAACCAGGUGGACAGACGCAGAACAUUUUUUUUCUCCCUUAUUAUUAUUAUUAUUAUUUUUCUUUUCAGGUCCAUUUUGAAUAAUGACCAGUAGCAAUGGCUUUCUUUGGUCUUGUCACAGAUAUUGCAAAGGACCUCUGUCCAGUGCAGUUAUAAAACUAUUUCUCUCUAUGAAGGUGAAAUAUGUUGAUGUUGAGUUGAUGUACACACGCUUUGCUUUUGCAAGUGAUGCCAGACUUAAUUAUGAAGAAUAUCUGUAAGGAAAUGCUUAAAUGAAGGCUUUGAAGUGAGAUCAUUAAAAGUUUGGUUUAUUAGGUUGUGACAAAAGUUACCAUUGUUGCAAAAGAUCCCUUAAUGGAUGAUAUUUUAUAUUGUUUUGAUGUAAUGAUUGCUUUGGAAUUGUGCCUUGGGGCUUUGAAUGGGUAAGUUUAUGUUAUGUAAGUGCAUUUGAGGGGGUUGCUGUCUGGUUUAAAGGAGAGUUAGGGGAUAUAUAUCUUUUCCUCUAAUUGUCAUUCUACAGUUCUCCUUUUCUGAUUUUCCAAAUGGCUGUCUGUGCCAUCUUCUUAAUCACUCUCUGAAGACAGUCUUUGGUUUUCUGUACUAAUAUUGAAAUGUGUGGCCCUUGGCAAGUCAAUGACCCCUGUCGUUUCCACAGGGGUCAUUUCCAAGUUUAAAGCUUGAGAAGUUCAGAUAAAACCACUUUUAAUUUGCUCUGUUGCAGCGAUACAGUUGCAUUGUUGUGUGUUAAGAGAAAAGAGAUGCCGAGGAGUGCUGAAAGGAUAGCUCUGCUGCGUUAUGAGUUUUCUUGUUCCUUUUAUUAGAGUGGCCGGAUUGCCUAUGGCGUGUGUUUGUAUUCACUCUGUCACUCUGAAUACUUGUAAAUAAAAUUGUAUAAAAAUGAA